AUGCUGACUUCCACAGCUGCACCAGGCGAAAACAUCACUGGAGACGUGAUCACCACGUUCCCUCCGGGGGAAACGAAGCACGACAUCGAAAAGCACGACUACGAGAUUAGUCCUACUUCGACUGACAGCGACGAAUACCCCGCCCCGACCGAGGAAGAGAAGGAGACUCUGCGAAAAGUUGCUGCAACGCUACCCUUGGUUUCAUUCUCGCUAUGUUUGGUUGAAUUUGCGGAGCGAGCGUCAUACUACGGCGCGAAGAAUGUGUUUUCGAACUUCAUCCAGUUCCCCCUUCCAGAGGGUGGCAAUGGAGCCGGUGCGCCUCCUCGUGGCACGCAAAAAACAGCCGGCGCAUUGGGAAUGGGCCAACAGGCGAGUCAAGGUCUUGUCCUGUUGUUCAGCUUCCUAGCCUAUGUGCUUCCUAUUUUCGGUGGAUGGUGGGCUGAUGUGCAUAUUGGUCGGUAUAAAGCCAUUUGCAUUGGUGUCGCCCUCUGCGGUAUCGCACAUAUUAUCCAGAUCAUCGGGGCCAUCCCAUCCAUUCUGCAGAAGGGAACUGGACAUGCCGCGCCACCGUUCAUCAUCGGACUGCUAGUCCUUGCGCUGGGAGCGGGGAUCUUCAAGCCGAACAUUGCGCCUACGAUUCUCGAUCAAAACCGGCACCAGAAGCAGUAUACCAAGGUGCUCAAAUCCGGGGAGAAGGUCAUCGUCGAUCCUGAGGCUACAGCCACGCGGACGAUGCUCAUCUUCUACGGCUUUGUGAAUAUUGGCGCGUUCUUUAUGCUUGCGACCUCAUACACGGAGAAGUACAUUGGGUUCUGGCUGGCCUUUCUGCUAUCGGGAGCGAUCUAUUUCAUGUUACCGGUGGUGUUGGCCCUGGUUUACAAGAAGACGUACAAGCAGCCCCCGAGCGGAACUUCCGAUCUCAGCAAGGCUGUCAAGAUUAUAUCUACUGCGUUGCGUGAGAACAAGUACCGUGCGUGGAAAAGGGACUUUUGGGAGGCGGCCAAGCCCAGCGUACUUGCCAGCAAGGGGAUCCACGUGGACUGGAGCGAUAAGCUGGUCGACGAUGUCAAACGAACCCUGGUGGCCACUCAGGUCUUCUUCUAUUUCCCCAUCUGGAACCUGAACGAUGGCGGCAUCGGCUCCGUGUCCACCAACCAGGGCGCGGCAAUGACCACCAACGGCGCCCCCAACGACCUGCUCAGCAACUUCAACGCGCUGACCAUCAUCGUUGCCGUUCCGCUCCUCUCAUACGUCGUCUACCCGACGCUGGCCCACUACCGCAUCCCCUUCGGCCCCGCUAGCCGUAUCAUGUUCGGGUUCGCGCUCGCCACGGCCUCCAGCGUGGUCGGCGCCCUGGUGCAGUGGCGCGUGUACAAGACGUCGCCGUGCGGCUACAACUCCUCCACCUGCGACGACGUCAGCCCGCUGAGCAUCUGGUGGCAGAUCCCCAUCAUGGUGCUUUCGGCGCUGUCCGAGUGUUUCUGCAACGUGACGGCGUACGAGCUGGCGUACUCGCGCUCGCCGCCGAGCAUGCGGGGCCUGGUCAUGGCCGUGUUUCUGCUUAUGAACGCACUGAGCAGUGCUAUCGGCGAGAUCCUGAUCCCCGUCACUCAAGACCCGUGGCUGAUCUGGAUCUGGGCUGCGCCUGCGGUGGCUUUGGCGAUCCAGAUGGUUAUCUUCCGGUGGAAGUUUUGGCAUCUGAACGAUGAGGAGUAUAUGACGGAUGAGAAGAAUUAUCAGUAG